AUGUUCUGCAAUCGAGCCGAGCUGCUGCCUGAAGAUGAGACGGUGAAAGAGCACGAAGCUGCGAAAGCAGAAGAGGCUAAGUCACUGGCAAAAGACCGAGCUGGUCGCGGCUUAUUUCAGGGCAUUUUCUCACGACGGCUUCCUGUUGGCCCAUUGGGUCGUCCGCAGUUCAUUCGAGACUACGAAGACAAUGGAAUCCUAAGACGGCUUUCUUCUGUCAGCAUUACCAACGCCUCCGACUCCGACGCGUCGAUUCCGGUGGAAGACCGACACCAUUACGAUCAUUUCUCCGGCGACCACGUAGACACAGAGUCAGACGGAUACGAGAGCGGCCAUGUCGUUCGUGCAGCUCCACGAGCCUAUCCGAUCAAUUACGACAGCGAAAGUGAGGUCUCUAUGCAAUCCUUCCAAUCAUACCCAUAUCCUCACUCGCCCAACGGUAGUGAAUCCGAGCAACAAACGAAUUAUGACAGUGACGGGUCCUCGGUCCGCGAGAUCUCUCCGCCCCUCGCCAACCAUACGCGUGCCCGACGAGUCGUUAUCGACAGCGACGAUGAAGAUGGAGAAGGAGAAGAUACGGAGAGGGAGGAUUCUCCAGCUCCGCAGUUCUCCGAGGUGGAAUCGGAGUCAGCCGCAGAUCACUCCUCCCCUGCAGGCUCCAUCUCCGAAGACAAUGACAUCGACAGCGAAGACGAAGACUCAGAUGACACGGCGACCCUCCAACCACCCCAAGCAUCCAGUGCGCGUUACCAGCGUCUCCAGCAGCAUCGAUACAAUAGAAUGCGUCGGGCCAGCUCGAGCGCAGAGCCGAUCGCGAGACCGCCCGCUCGGAGAGGCAACUACCAAGGAGGAGCGGCAAGGUCAAAUGUGGACUAUAUCCUGUUGUUGAUCUGA